AUGAAGAAGGCCGCCAAGUCCAAGUCUAUGCCCAGCAGCUUUGAGCAGGUGCAAGAGGGUUCCACCGUCACCGGUUUUGUCCGCAACAUCACUCCCGAUGGUGUCUUUGUAGAGUUCCUUGGUGGUCUUACCGGCUUGCUCCCCAGACGUCUUAUCGACGACGCCAACCUCGAGCAGCCCCGCUACGGCCUGUCGAAGGCGCAGACUCUUACCCUCAAUGUUCAAUCUGUGGAUAUGGACUUCAAGCGCUUCAUUUUGAGCAUGAAGCCCGUAGAUGCUGCACCUGUCGCCUCCAAGAAGGCACCUAAGCAGCAGACCGACGACACCGUUGCCAACCCCAUCGACAGCAACAUCAAGACCAUGUCCGACUUCACUUUCGGCAGAAUCGUCGAUUGUAAGGUUGUCUCCAUCAAGGCCACUCAGAUCAACGUCCAGCUGGCGGAUAACCUCCAGGGUCGUAUCGAUGUCUCCGAGAUCUUCGAUGACUGGAAAGACAUCAAGGACCGCAAGCAGCCCUUGCGAUUCUUCAAGGCCAAACAGACCCUGUCCGCCCGAAUUCUUGGUGUUCACGAUGCUCGCAACCACAAGUUCCUUCCCAUCAGCCACCGCUCCGGCAAGUACCCUGUGUUCGAGCUCUCUGUCAAGCCUAGCUACUUGAAAGCUUCCAACCCCGCCCCUCUGAACAUGGAGCAGGUCCAGGUAGGAUCUUCCUGGAUGGGCUUUGUCAACAACGUUGCCGAUGACUGCCUCUGGGUCAACCUGUCCCCCAACGUCCGCGGUCGCCUGCGCUUCAUGGAUGCCUCGGAUGACCUGUCUCUGUUGACCGAUGUUGAGAAGAACUUCCCCAUUGGUUCUGCUCUCAAAGUACAGGUCACUGCUGUCGAUGCCGAGAAGGGUCACCUCAACCUCACUGCCAAGCAGGGCUACGACAAGCUCGCCUUUGGUGAUAUCUCUGUUGGCAUGAUCCUUCCCGGGCGUGUUACCAAGGUCACCGAGAGACAGGUAAUCAUGCAGCUCGGCGAGGCCCUCGUCGGCGCGGUCAACUUGGUUGAUCUCGCUGAUGACUAUUCCAAGGCCAACCCUACCGUGCACAAUAAGAACGAGGUUCUGCGUGCCUGUGUCAUAGCCGUUGACAAGUCCACCAAGAAAAUUUCUCUGUCGCUACGUCCUUCCAAGGUUCUCAGCUCCUCGCUGCCCGUCCAGGACCGCGAGAUCUCUUCUCUCAAGGAUGUCAAACCCAACGAUGUCAUCCGGGGCUUCGUCAAACGUGUCACUGACUCCGGUCUGUUUGUCGCCCUUAGCCACGACGUCACCGCUUACGUGCGCGUGUCCGAUCUUUCCGACUCCUACCUGAAGGAAUGGAAGGACUCCUUCCAGCCCGACCAGCUGGUCAAGGGUAAGGUCACCCUCGUUGAUGCCGAGCAAGGCAAGCUGCAGAUGAGCUUGAAGGAGUCUGUUCUAGACCCCAACUUCAAGGCUCCCAUCACCCUCAAGGACCUCAAGACUGGCCAGAUUGUUACCGGUAAGGUCCGCAAGGUUGAGGAGUUCGGUGCUUUCAUCGUCGUUGACGGCUCUGCCAACAUUAGCGGUCUCUGCCACCGCAGUGAGAUGGCUGACAAGCGUGUCGAGGAUGCCCGCACCCUGUACGAUGAGGGCGAUGUUGUCAAGGCCAAGGUCAUCAAGAUUGACCACGCCGCCAAGAAGAUCUCCUUCUCGCUGAAGGCUUCCCAUUUCCAAGAUGAAGAGGAGGGCGACAGCGAGGAUGAGGACGAAAUGAGCGUUGAUGGUCUUGGUGGUGUCGAGCUGGGCGAGGAUGACAGCGAAGACGAGGACGAUGACGACGAGUCCAUGGGAGGCGUCGAUGUUGAAGACGACAGUGAGGAAGAGGAGGAAGAAUCCGACGACGAGGAUGUGCCGAUGCAAGACGCCAAGCCCUCCAAGACUGGCGGCCUCGGCGCGGGCGGCUUCGACUGGAGCGGCAAUGUCCAGAAGGACGAUGCUGCCGCUCGCUCAGACAGUGAUGAUGAGGACUCCAAAAAGAAGAAGAAGAACCGCAAGGCCGAGAUCCAGGUCGACCGCACCGGCGACCUAGACGCCAACGGCCCGCAGUCAGUCGCUGACUUCGAGCGUCUUCUCCUGGGUGAGCCGGACUCCUCCCUGCUGUGGCUGCAGUACAUGGCCUUCCAGCUGGAGCUGGGCGAGGUCGAGAAGGCCCGCUCCGUUGCCGAGCGUGCCCUGCGCACCAUCACCAUGGGCCAGGAUGCCGAGAAGCUCAACAUCUGGGUUGCGCUCCUGAACAUGGAGAACACCUACGGUGAUGACGACAGUCUCGAGGAGGUGUUCAAGCGUGCUUGCCAGUACAACGAGCCCCAGGAGAUCUACGAGCGCAUGAUCAGUAUCUACAUCCAAUCCGGAAAGAACCAGAAAGCAAGUGACCUCUUCUACGAGGCUCUCAAGAAGAAGAUCUCCUCUCAAUCCCCCAAGUUCUUCUACAACUACGCCAGCUUCCUCUUCGACACGAUGAACUCCCCCCGACCGCGCCCGAGCUCUCCUCCCGCGUGCCCUGCACUCGAGUUCCGCUCGGAGAACGGCGACGUGGAGCGCGGCCGAACCGUCUUCGAAGGCCUGCUGUCCUCGUUCCCCAAGCGCAUUGAUCUGUGGAACGUGCUGCUGGACCUUGAAAUCAAGGUCGGCGAUGCGGAGCAGGUACGCCGUCUGUUCGAGCGGGUUCUUGGCUUGCAGAGCGGUAAGAAGGGUGUUAGCAUUGACGCUAGCAAGAAGCUCAAGCCUAAGCAGGCCCGCUUCCUCUUUAAGAAGUGGCUUGCCUUUGAGGAGAAGUUGGCUGCUGAUAAUGGUGAUGAGAAGAUGGUUGAGGAGGUCAAGGCUCGUGCUGUGACUUACGUGAAGUCGUUGCAGGAGUAG